CCUUUUGAGCUUCUAUCAGCUGAUUUGAGUGAGGGCAGCAGGAAGGCUGAGUGUGCGGUCUGGAGCGUCUUCUCUCCUUCCACUUUUAUUAUCUAUUUCGACCCUGCAUGUCUGCGAGGCAGCAUGGGGGGGAGUCACAGGCGAGGAGUGCGCAUCCUCCUCCUAGGGGAUGCUGGCGUGGGGAAGACGUCACUUAUCCUCUCACUAGUGUCAGAGGAAUUCCCCGAGCAAGUACCCCCACGUGCUGAGGAAAUCACCAUCCCACCUGAUGUCACACCUGAGAAGGUUCCCACACACAUUGUGGAUUAUUCAGAGAGAGAACAAAAUGUGGAACAGCUGCGUGCAGAGAUUAACCGAUCAGAUGUCAUCUGCAUUGUGUACAGUGUGGAAGAUGAAGAUACCUUAGACCGAGUUACGGGUCACUGGCUGCCCCUUAUCAGGUCAACACUAGGGCAGCAGCAUCAAACACCAGUUAUCUUAGUUGGAAAUAAGGUUGACCUAGUGGAUUAUUCUACAAUGGAAAUUGUGCUACAAACUAUGAUGGAAUAUCCAGAAAUUGAAACCUGUGUAGAGUGUUCUGCAAGAACCUUGAAAAACAUAUCAGAGAUGUUUUACUAUGCUCAGAAGGCAGUGUUACACCCUACGGCGCCAUUGUACAUUUUAGAAGAGAGAGAUCUGACAGAAAAGUGUAAGAAAGCAUUAAUUAGAAUUUUUAAGAUCUGUGACACAGACAACGACAAUCUCCUUAACGACCAGGAACUAAAUGCUUUUCAGCGGAGGUGUUUCAAUGCGCCACUUAACCCCCAGGCCCUAGAAGAGCUCAAGACAGUUGUCCGGCGCAAUGUGUCUGAUGGUGUCCACAGUGACUCGCUUACUUUGCGGGGCUUCCUCUUCCUGCACCGCCUCUUUAUCCAGAGAGGACGUCAUGAAACUACCUGGACUGUCUUACGGAGAUUUGGCUAUAAUGACAACCUGCAGCUCACCAAGGACUACCUCUUCCCACCUCUCCGUGUGCCACCGGGAUGCAGUACGGAGCUCAACCAUGCCGGCUACUCAUUCCUCAGUAACCUCUUUGAAAAAUACGAUCGGGACAACGAUGGGGCCCUUAGCCCACAGGAGCUGAUUGACCUCUUUUCCACCUGUCCCAUCAUGCCAUGGGGUCCUGAUGUGCUAAAUUCAGUUCAUACAAAUGAGAAGGGAUGGAUUACGUUACAGGGAUACCUGGCGCAGUGGACAUUGUGGACUCUACUUGACGUUCAGAGGACACUAGAGUACUUCGCUUACCUUGGAUAUUCUGGGACAGGAGAGGACAACCAGCUAUCUGCCAUCACAGUAACGCGAGAGAAGCGGAUAGAUCUCCAGAAGAAACAGACUAUGCGGAAUGUCUACCAGUGCCAUGUGAUUGGGCCUCGUGAUAGUGGCAAGACAACGUUCUGUCAGGGCCUCCUUGGAAGAUCUUUAGAGGAAGUACAAGAAAUCCCAGAGGAAAAGUUGUCACGCCACACCAUUAGCACGUUACAAGUUUAUGGCCAAGAGAAAUACCUCGUCUUACAUGAUAUUGAUGUUCACAACAUCACAGAUGCCCUAAUGCCCAAUGAGGUGCAGUGUGAUGUUGCCUGCCUGGUGUACGAUGUCUCGAAUCCAAAAGCUUUUGAAUACGUCGCUAGAAUAUAUCUAAAAUACUUUAGCGAGUCGUCCAUCCCAGUAUUGUUUGUAGCCAACAAGAGUGACAUGUCCCCCGUGCGGCAGGACUAUAUCCUCCAACCCACAGCCUUCUGCCACAAGCACAAGCUUCCUCCUCCCCACAUUUUCUCCUCUGCCAGUCAACCCAAGAAGGACAUAUACACCAAAUUAGCUACCAUGGCUGCUUACCCCACUCUUCGUCGUUUAGUUCACAUGCUUCUUUUGCGUCCAGAUCCUUCUUAUGUGGCAAGACAUCUGAAGCAGCUGGGCGUGGUGGUGGGUGAGCACAGCACUUGGCUCAAGGUUGGCCUCGGCGUAGCUGCCAUUGCUGCCUUUGCGCUCCUCCUUGCCAGGGCUCUCAGGUCGGGGGAGAGAUAGUUGCCUGAGGCCCAGCAUGCUAGUCCUUUGUAGUGUAAAGAGAAAGCUGGUUGGGAUAAAUAUCAGUUGUAUAAAAGGACAGAUACAGAUAGAUGGUGAGACACAGGGGUGGGAGGAUAUGGAAGGGAAGGGGAAGGACAUCUUUCUUUCCUUAUACAGCUGCAACAUCUUGCAUAAGACUAGUUCUUACAGAUAUUAACAUUAUGGUAGGUGCAAGAAUGCAUUAUAAUUUAUAUGCUAUUGUAUGAUAAGGGGAUAUUUUUUUAGAAAUGUGUUUUGGUAUUCAAGAACUAAUGGAUUCACAAUUCUUGCUUGUCAUGAAAACUUUUUUAUAUAUACUUUUUUUUUUUCUUUUCAUUAUUUUUUAUGUGCCUGGAAAUUGGCAAUUGCAGUGGAUUACUCAUGUAAUGAGAAUUGGUCUUGAAAUUAAAUGUGAUUUAUAAAUCUACUUUUACAUUUAUAUAUAUAUAUGUGGUGUGUGUACUUUUUCAAUCAUGCCAAAACUUUCAUUGUGUAUAUGUAAUUUACACAAAUGUAAAUAAAAGCAAAUAUAUUAGUUAUGUAAUUUCUCAACCUGUAAAUUAGAGAAAAACAAAACAUUGGGGACCUAAAUCUGGCAUAUCAACAUUAAUUAAAUUCCCAGUUAUCGCUAAACAGUUGCACAAGAAAUAUUGGGCCACAUAUUUGUCAAAGGCCAUUCAUUGCCAAUACUUGUAAAGUCUUGUGCAGCAGUUGGAGGUUUUGUGAAGUACUGUUACCUUUCCAGAAGGAAAUCCUCAAUUGCUUGCUAUUCAACACAUAAGUAAACGGUUAUAAUUUUCAAAGUAACUUGGGACAUUUACCAAUUUUUAAAGAUGUUACAAGAAUGAUGCACCCUCCCCCUUCCCACCAUCUUCCAUGUUUUUGGAAUAUUGCAACAAGGUAUAAAACAAAAAUAGAAUCAUGUAUAAUAAUAUCUAUUGUUGGUUGAUAUAGAUACAUCACUGCAUCACAAUUGUUUGUACAAAACCAUUUUUCUAUUGUUGAUACAGACAUCCCAAGGUCACACUAAAAUAAACAGGAGCAUGUAGCAUAUUGGACAUAAUUUGCUAGCAUUCCAAUAAUUAGGCUAAUUGCAAGGAAAGUUAAUUUACCUUGAAUACCAAUUUAAUUUUAUUGAGGAGAAGGUAGCAAGGGCUUCAACUUAAUCUUUACUUUCACAUUAUAAAGAGGGGAAAGGAUAAUUCAUAUCUCCAUUUCUUGGAGAAAUCCACAAAUUUAGUCAAAGGAUUUUUAUUAUUAUUAUUAUUAUGCAUAUCCAGGUCGAAACGUUAAACCCAUCAUUGUUAAGCAAGAUUUAGAGAAAAACAACAAGACAUUGAAUCUGUACAGUUUUCAAAUAUGCAACCAUUUGUAAAUUCCAUAUAAUAAAGUUAUCACCAAUUUAA